AUGUCGACUAUCUCCGCUAGAUAUCCUUCAGAGCUGAAAACUCACCGCUGCCCUUUCGACGGUUGCACGAAGGCCUUCAACCGUCCAGCACGCUUACAGGAACACUUGCGCUCACACAACAAUGAACGACUAUUCCGUUGUACCCACGACGAUUGCGAUAAGACGUUUCUCCGAGCAUCGCAUCUGAGCCAUCACAUCAAGAGCGCCCAUACCGGAAUCAGAGAUUACGUAUGCGACCGUCCGGGAUGUGGGAAGAGCUUUGUAACUGGCUCACGGCUUCGUCGACAUAUAGCUGCUCAUGAUGGAAGAGACAAGUACCGCUGCACAGAGUUUCCGCCUUGUGAUGAGACCUUCCGAAAACACUCAACGCUCCAAAAACACAUCAUGAGCGUGCAUCUGAAACAGAAACCCUUCUCUUGCCCGCACAUCGACGCAACUACCGGCCAGAAAUGUCCAAUGGCAUUUGAUACCGCAGGACACCUUCGAGCUCAUGAGAGUCGCAUCCACACCGAGAAACGAUUCACCUGCACGGAGUGUACUCAGCAGGCCGAGCAGGCCAACCCAUCAUCAUCCGAGACUCCCGCUCUCACUACAGUAACAUUCCCGACUUACGCCCUCCUCCAAGCUCACAUCCGAACUGUCCACCCCCCACAAUGUCCCAAUUGCAACCUGACCUGUUCCACGGCCCGAGAGCUCCGCCGUCAUCUGGAGGUCAGCCACGGUAACGUGAGUCUGGAAGAGCGAAAAGUCUUCCCCUGCACCAUACCAGGUUGCGAUAGCAGCUUCACCAAAAAGGGAAACCUAACUGUGCACAUCCGCACCGUCCACCAAGGCGAGAAGCGCUUCGUCUGCGGCGAGACCGACCUUUCCAUGUCCAAGCGAGUCGUCGGCUGGACGGGAGCCGACGGCUGCGGAAAACGCUACGGGAGUAAACUCGCCCUGGAGGAGCACAUUCGCACCGCGCACCUCGGCUUUCCCAACGCCAAGGCUGAGCGUCGACAGCGUCUUGGUCUGAACAAGACACCGAACCCUCAGCAAACCGCUCCUUCCGCAUUGGCCGCUCUCACAGGUGAGGGUUAUGCCGAAGAAACCGGCCGACAGAUCACCUGCUUCAUCGAAGGCUGUCCGCACCGGUUCCACCGGAAUUACGAUCUGUGGGUCCAUAUGGGGAGUAAGCACGGAUGCACCGAGGACGAGAUUCGCGAUAUGUUCAUGCAGCGCGCGCUAUUGGCGGACAGCAAUGAGCCCGUUACCGGCGAUAUGUUUGGUAUCUAUGGACUCGAGUUCGAUAACGAUGACUCCUCCGCCCCAUAUGAACCGUAUAUCAUACAUGCAGAUUCAAAAGCUGGUCUAUAUACGAUGGGCAGUGGUGGUGACCCCACAAAUAAUGAAAACAACCCCGGCGACUUCCCCAGCAACUUUGCUGAUGCCAUGAUUCAAGAUGUCGAUGUCGAUGUUUCUUCUUCUUCUAAGAUACCCAGUGCUGAUGAUAUGGCGAUGAUUGAUCCUUUGUUGGCGUAUAAUAUGGCGGAUUCAUAG